AAUCAAAAUCCCAGCUAUCUUUCAAGCCAAAUGUUCUCUCUGCUACAUACAGAAAAAAAACCCUAAAACAUUCUCUCAUCAUCUUCAGCCAUGGGGAUUCUAUCUUGGUGGAAAGGCAACAAACAAGUUCAACCCUCCGACACCAAAUCCGACCCGAAACCCAAAUCAUCACCCUCAAAUACCGAAGUACCAGGCAUGAACGGCGCGAUGAAGGUGUCUCGACCCGACCCCCCAGUUGACGUCACGGUAUUCGAAUUCGGGUCGGUGGCCGCAUCGGUUGAUAAGGUUACGCUCGCCGGGUACUGCCCCGUAUCCGACGACCUUGAACCCUGCCGUUGGGAGAUAAUGCCGGCCAGUGACUCCGACGCGCCUCAGUUUCGUGUGGUCUUCUGACAAGAGCUAGACGUGAGAAACGAAGGAGACCCAUCCUUAUGAGUUGAAUUGUGAGUGAAUAUGGAAAAGCCGUUUUUAUUUUGUAUGAUUCACUGAACUUGAAAGAAUGAUUAAACCCUAAUUUUGGUUGUA